GUAGUUGGGAGCAAUUGUGUUGUUAUAGCAGCAGAAAAAACGGAACAAUCGCAUGAGCCUUGUAUAAGUACACUUAACGGAAAUGUUACAGUUGCUUGGACAGGAGUACCGAAAAAUGCGUUAAUGGUUAUUGACAAAGCCAAAAUGUACACUAAUAGCGAAUAUGGACUGAAUGCAUCCGCCAAUCAAAUCGCUGAAUUUCUUGUCGAUCCAGAAAUCAGAUCACUAAAUAACUUGCCAUUACUGCCGUACAAAGAAUCUUUUAUGGUGGCUUCUUGUGGUAUUAAUGGAAACUUUUUAUAUGUAACUGAUCCGCUUGGUACAAUUUCGCAAGUUCUUGCUAGUGCCAUUGGUAGAAAAAGUGAUACUUCCACUAAAGCAUUAGAAUCAUUCUUCCCAAUAGCCAGAAAAGGUAUACUGGGAGCAAUUGAACUUGCGUUACAAUCUCUUUGUGUUGUCUCUAAACCAGAAGCCGAUUUUAUAGAUUUAUCAGUGAUACGCCCUGACAACUCAUUUGAGGUUAAUAUAAAUUUUCUUUCGACAUAACUUAUUAUUU